AUGCCAUUAUCAUUAAUUUCACCGUCGGAAAUUGAUUUUAUUUUUAAGGGAGUCGAUGAUAAUAUUCGUGCCGAUGGAAGAGGACGAUUAGAUUAUCGUCAAGUUUCUUUAGAAACUGGAGUUAUUUCACAAGCAAGUGGUAGUGCUAGGUGUAAACUUGGGGAAGGAACUGAUGUUUUGGUUGGAGUAAAAAUUGAGAUUGGUGCAAUAGAAAUUGAUGGCAACUAUGAACAGGUGAUGGAAAUUAAAUCAAAAAGAGGUAGAGUUGUUUGUAAUGUAGAAUGUUCACCAAUAGCAUCGCAACAAUUUGCAGGAAAAGGAGCAGAAGAUAUCAAUAACGAACUUACUCAAACAAUAGAACGAGUUUUUAAUGGACCACAGGGCGGUAUAAAUCUUGAGAAAUUAUGUAUUAUUCCAGGUCAACAAUGUUGGGUUGUUUAUAUUGAUGCCUUGGUUCUAGAUUAUGCAGGUAAUAUUUUAGAUACAAUUUUCAUAACUACACGUGCAGCACUUUAUAACGCGAGAGUGCCAAAGACUAUUAUUCAAGAUCAUGGAGAUGGUGAGUUUGAGUUUGAGAUAUCAGAUGAUGUUGAGGAAUGGGAAAGAAUAUAUGGAUGGGACAUGGUACCAGUUGGUGUUACUUUAAAUAGAAUUGGAACAAGACAUAUAGUUGAUGCUACACCUUUGGAAGAACUUGCAACAGAAGCAAAGCUAUUGACAACUGAUUUGGAUAUAUCUGACGAAGAGACAUCAAUUGUAGAAGAUUAUGAAAUUGAUGAAAAAAAAAAUCAUGUUCACUCGUCAAAUAACGAUAAAGUAUCCAGACCACUAUCAUUAAUUCCUUCAAGUGAGUUUAUUCCAACAUUUAUGUCAUUAAAACUUCCCCAAACAUUUAUGUUUGAGCAUGUUGAUUCCACAAAAAAAUCAACAGAAGAAAAGGUUAUUAUUUAUAAAAGACAUUUGGCAGACGUUAAAUUUCAGAUAGCACAAGAAGAUGAAGAUCUUGUCAUGGAUAAUAAUCAAAAAAUCAAUAAUCCAUCAAAUAUUUUGGAAUUAUCGAUAAAAAAUGAUUUAAUUGAAGGAGUAUACGAAGGCGGAUUAAAAACUUGGGAGUGUUCAUUUGACCUGCUUGAUUAUUUUAUAAAUGAUUUGCAAAAUUUUGACUUUGAUAAUAUUAAUAAGAUAUUAGAGCUUGGAUGUGGGACAUCACUUCCUGGCAUUUAUCUUCUUUCUAAAUAUUCGUCACUUAAAGUAGAUUUUCAAGAUUAUAAUGAACAGGUUUUAAAAUUGAUCACAAUACCAAACAUACUACUUAACACAAUUUUACGUUCAAAAUUAAAAGAGAUUAAUGAAAAAAAUGAAGAAAUAGAGAUUAUUAAAAAUGACAAAUUAUUCAACCAAUUAAAAAAAAGUAGAUUUUUUAUGGGUGAUUGGGGUGAUUUAGUUGAUGUGAUCAACAUCGAUUCAGAAGAAAACAAAUAUGACAUGAUAAUUACAUCGGAAACAAUAUACAACAUUAAUUCUUUACCAAAAUUGUAUAAUGUUAUCAAAAAUACUCUAAAAAGGCCAAAUGGCGUUGCAUAUGUUGCUGCAAAGUCCAUAUAUUUUGGUGUUGGUGGUAGCAUGUUGACAUUUCGAGAAUUCGUGGAACAAGAUAAUAUAUUUGAAGUUAAGUUGGUUAAAACUGUUGAAGCUUUUGUCAAAAGAGAGAUUUUGCAACUUAGUUUUUCGAAAAUAAAUUAA